UUCUAGUUCCAUGUGUAGUGGUGAACGAGCUUUAAUUUUGAACCCACUUCCGCCUCUCUUCCUACGUUUCCUCAGCAGCUGUCGUCAAUGUGAUGUAGCAGCCUUGACAAGCGCGGCUAGCUAGCUGGCUAGCAAGAGACUUAACCCACUUAACCUGUGACACAACUUAAGAACUACUCUAUGUAAGAUGAACACUGAGGACAAGUUGGAGGGUAUGCUGCUGAAGUGCAGCAGUGGGGGAAUAGAUGGAGGAGGGAGAGUCGGGCUGGGCAGCGGAGGAGGACUGGUGGUGAUGACCCUUGGGGAACGAUCCCUGGCAAACCACCCUCUGUUGGCCGAGGAUGACGACGACGAAGAUGAGGACGAGGACUUGACUGGGAGCUCGCUGGUUACACAUGACCUGGUCCCUCCAGAUCAGCUGAUGAUGCAGGAGGAGAUGACAAAGAAUGGUAGAGCAGGAGAAGAGGAGGGAGGAGACGAGGUGGGAGUGCAUUUCCCCCUAAAACUCACCAAUAAGUUGCCCUGCUUGCUUCAUAUGCCAUUGAGCAUCAAGCAGGAACUGAAGCUGUCCGAGACACCUGUCCAGAUGAAGAAAAAAGCAGUUAAGGACCUGAUGGUGUGUCCCAAGAAGAAAAAAAGGAAGCAGCGUUCACCAGCAAAGAUUCUCAGCAUCAAUGAUGAUGGAUCAUUGGGCAUACAAAGCCCAAAGUGUCACGUCUGUAUUCACUGUAACGCUGCAUUCAGAACCAACUACCAUCUACAGAGGCAUGUCUUCAUUCACACUGGUGAGAAGCCAUUUCAGUGCAGUCAGUGUGAUAUGCGCUUCAUUCAGAAAUAUCUCCUCCAGAGACAUGAGAAGAUCCACACUGGUGAAAAGCCUUUUCGCUGUGAUGAGUGUGGAAUGAGGUUCAUCCAGAAGUACCACAUGGAGAGACACAAGAGGACUCACAGCGGAGAGAAGCCUUACCAAUGUGACUACUGUCACCAGUACUUCUCCAGAACCGACCGGGUUUUAAAGCACAGACGGAUGUGUCACGAGAACAGAGAGAGAAAGGCCAACAAAGCAGCUGGUAAAGUUGGGCCUUUGCGUGAAGCAGAUUCUGUGAGCCUCCCUUUUCUUGCCAAAGAGUGUUCACUGCCCAAGAAAAAACGGCAAAAGUGUGCAGACAAAGGUUCAGGAGCUUCCGCUGCUGCCCCGACAGACGGGCACACUGUCGCUGUUGUCGAAACGGAGGAGAAGGAGGAGCAGAGACAGAAUAAAAUUGAAGAUUUACCUCUCUUUGCUGUGUCCUCCAAAGUCAAACAUGAGCAUGUGAUUGCAGAUUACUCCGUGGAACUUCCUGAAGAAACUGCUAAUCAACACCAAGAGGGAGAAGUGUCAUCAGAAGACACGACUCCUCCCAAACUAGUCCUGAAGAAAGUCCCCAAGAGGAGUCUCAAACAGUCCAGUGAACAAACUCCUCCCUGCCUGUCCACUUUGUCUUCCUUUGAGGAGACUACUAAAGUCACACAGUACACCUUUGAAAUCGUGGACAAGCAAGGCCUUUUAGAAGUAGAAAGCAACGCUGAACUGGAGUCAGUUGAAACUCUUCAAGGAGGACCGACAAAGCCAGCAGCUAGCAGCACAAACUACGACGACGCAAUGCAGUUUCUAAAGAAGAAGCGCUACCUUCAGGCUGCGAUGGCCAACAACAGUCGGGAUUACGGCCUGAACACCAGCAGCAUUUCUUCUCAGCCGCCUGUUACACAGACUGUGGUUUCGGCAGUCAUUGACGAGAUUGUCCCUGCCACCAUUCUGGAGCCCCAGCCCAUCAAUGCAGAGAUUAAAGCGACGCAUGACAAGAGUGUGUUGCCAGAUGAGGUUCUUCAGACGCUGUUGGACCAUUACUCCAACAAAGCCAACGGGCAAUCAGACAUUUCCUUCAGCGUGGCUGACACAGAGGUGACAUCAAGCAUAUCCAUUAAUUCCUCUGAUGUUUCAGACGGCAACCCUGUGGAAAACCUUGGGGCCUCUAGUGCCCAGGCUCAGCCAGCUACCGAGAAGGUCAGCCUCUUGCAAGAAUACUCCAAGUUUCUCCAGCAAGCACUGGAGAGGACCAGCCAGAACGACAGCUACCUGACCAGCCAGAGUCUCAGCUUGGUCUCCGAAAACCCCACCUUAGCCGGACAACCUCUGUUCUCCACCGAGAAACAGUUUCCUUCCCCCAGCAGGUUCAAAUCAGGGAUGAGCUCUCCGCUGAGGUCCACUUUAGAGAAACCUCACUUUGGAUUACUCGUCGGGGACUCCCAGCACUCAUUUUCAUUUUCAGGUGACGAGACCACCCCUCCCUCCGCUGUGUCCCCGGCUGAGGAGGACUUUCUGGAGGAGGUCCCGCCCUCUAAAAAGACAGACUCUUCACAAGGUAUACUGCAAACGUUUCAAAUAAGCUCCUUUGAUCAGAACUUCAAAACCCAUUUCCAGACAUCAAGAUCUGGAUCCUCCUCACAGUUUACUGUUGCCAAUGGACAAUUGAGUCUCCGAGGACACAGCACAGACUUCUCGGAGUUCCCCUUAGUCAGAGUCACUGAGACCAGGUCUCCACUGACCUCCUCCCCUGAUGUUUCAUCCAGUGAAACCUUUGGCUGAAGAAUUCAUUAUCUGUUAAUAAUUUCAGCGGCACUUUAUCUCAUGUCUCCUGUUUUGCCAAAACAAGUCCCUAUGUGCUCUCUCUCAAAGCAUUUUGUUAUGAAACAUUGAUUUUUUUUGUUUUUUUAAGUGCAACCUCAUCGAAUGGAAAUAUUGAAAAUUUAUCAAUCAUAAUUAGCAUUUCCCCUUUAAAAAAAGAAAUAAUUGUCAUUGUGUUAUAUUUCUUGCUCCGGAAUGUACAUUGAGAGAUUAAGUGACCAAAGUGUUUUGCGAGAGAGAGUGAAACAUUCUCUCGUAGCAUUGCCACACAAUUUUAUGUUUAAUGUUUUGUCAAUCAGUUUGUCUUGCACAACAAAAUCAUCAAGUCACUCUUGCUGCUUAAUGCAAUAUUUCCACUUAUUAAAACAUAGGCCCUAUUUAUAUUUGUCUUUUUGCUCUUACUGUAGCUACCCCCUCUUUCUGGUUAUAUUUAAAUCCACUCCUAACCUUCUUAUUCCAGCUGUGUAACUCCUGUAAAUUGUCUAUGAAAUGACACCAUGAUUAGAUCAUAACUGAUUCUUCACUUUAUGUAGUCAUCUGGGAUGGGUGUGCCCACAUGAUAUGAUUGUAUUCAUUUUUACAGAUUAGGCCUAAUUUGUUUGUUGUGAUGGCCAAAAAAACAACUGAUAGUUCUUAUUCAUCAAAUUAAUUAAUUAAUGUAUUCCCUUUUGUUGCUGAAUUUAUUGUACAGUGUAAUAAAAAGGCUGGGCUGCGUUAGAUUUUAAAAAACAAAACAAAAAGAUUUAGGUAAUCAAAUAGCUGCAAUCAUGUAAUGGUUGCCGGGUCAUUAUUAUUUCCUUCAGCAGUACAAGUGAGUUUUAAUGAAAUUCCUUUAAAGGAUUGUGCUUAAUUCUUGCACAACUUGCACAAUUACACACUACAGGGAAUGUAGUAUGUACUUUCAGAUUUGGGUUAUUUGAAAUUACAGAUGACGCUUGUUGCUUUCGUCACUUAGUAUGUAGCUCUCGUAUCUGCAGUUUUAUAAUACUUUGAUUGUUCUUCUUCUUGGAAGAUGCACACAUUUUGGGGAAACAACAAUGGGAUUAGACCCCCUUGAAGUUUUAUUAAGGCUAUAUUAAGAAAGACAGUACACAUGGCAAUGAUGUGCUUUGUUUUCCAGUUUUAUUAGUUUUGCUUCUGUGCCUUUUCUGUUCUUUUUUUAGUUUUUUGUUACAGGCUUUCCUUUACUCAUUCCUCUCUAUGUAUUUCAGCUUUCUCUUAGUCAGCGCUCUAUGGCUACUAAUUCCACUUGCACAAUAACAACAAACGCAUAAGCUAUCAACCUAUUCAGUCUGUAAUGCAUUGAGAUCUGGGAGCUUUAUUUAAUUUUGCCCAUCAUGUUUUAUUAUUUUAGCAAGAAAUGGCACCGAGUUUAUUUCCCAACUAUUAUCUUUUGUUGGAAGGAAAUAGCAGUUUUUUCAUUGACUGUGCUGCUGUGUGUGUGUUUGUGUGUGUGUGUAUCUGAGUAAAGAAUCAUGUUUCAGAUACUUUGAUCAUUAUCACCUUGUUGCUAGUAUUCAGUAGUAAACCACAUCUGUCCGGGCCUCGUUGAAAAAAAAAAAAGAAUGCGAUUGAGGUCUCAUCUGUACUUCAUCACACUAUUGAUUGUUUUCAAUGUGUACAUGUAUGUGUGAGGUGCUAUUGUGUAAAACACUGUUUUUAUAUGCACCAUCAAAUUAGGUUUAACAAUUGAUGUAAAGCUCCCUCGUUACAAUUCUACGGACAAUCAGGGACAGGCAGCACCCACAUUAAUCAUGAAAAAAAUGCUUUAUUUUUCCUCAUUGAACAUUCCCACAAGAAUGUACAAAAAAGAUCCUGCUGUAAAUACAUUGUAUAUUUUUAUGUUCUUCUGAGAAGUACUGUCAGAUAUUUGUGUCAAGAGACCAGGCUUGUGCAAGCAACACUUUUUGUCAGUGGCAGGCACAUUAAUAAGUUUUCCAAAAGUUAUUGCAUCCAACAAUGAAUCCAUUUCACUUGCUGACAAGAUGUGGCUUUCGGAGGUUUGUAUAUAUCUCACCAGUUAUCAAAUUAAAAUUGCCACUUUUCUUUUUACAGUUUUAUGAUAACUAGUAAAGUGAUUCUUUGUUUGUAAGUUGAUGCAUUAUGAUGGGAGUUACUGUAUACAACUGUUGGUAAUGAAAAGCCCCCCCACCCUCAGAAAAUGUUCCACCUGAAAUCACUCUUUCUAGUAUCAAGUAGCUGUGGUCAGCUUGAAUUCAUGUCAGUUCAAAUAACGGGUGGAGUAUAAAUGAAAAAUAAGUGUUGUGGUUGAAAUAUUUCACUAGCUACCCAUUUCAUUGUAAGAAAUAAUUGAAAGCACAGUGCAGAUGAGUAAUUCUGCGUCGGUUAAUUGUACCCCAUGAAUUGUUCAUGGAGAAGUUUAAAUUCAAUUAAGCAAUUCAAAAUGCAGAACUGAUGAAGAUUCAUGAGUUAUAUCAGCAGUACUUUUCCUUUUAAUUAACUUUUGUCAGUAACCUGGCCAUAAGUGUCCUUGUAUAAGCUAGAUGAAAAAAUGUUUUGUGUAAAAAGAUCUGAAUUAUUGAAUUUUGAUAAAAACUAUUUUUGAAACAUGUCAUUUAAGGCACUGAUAUGUACAGUAUAUCAUAUGCAGUCACUAUUGCUACCCUCAUUUAUCUCUGUACAAGUCGUUUGUGUCAAGAUCUUUCAAUUGCCAAUGGGAAUCUCCUUUGACGUUGGCAUUUUCAUACUUUUAAAGAACUUGACGAGGAAGCCCUUCUGCUUCACUGUAAGGUCGAUCUUAAGUUAGACGGUAAGGUUUAAUUGCAUGGUCUCUAACUUGUCGGGUCAAGUGAACUUGUUUUAUGAAUAAUGUGCAGCUUUAAUUGUAGCUGAUUUAUUUCAGUCAAGUAACCCAUAUGAUUAGAUUUUUGCAAUAUAUUAUGAUUUGUAAACAAUCUGAUUAAAUUGUUGUUUUGAUUGUUGUGUGUCAUGUCCUUAUAAAUAAAAUAAUUCACAGUA